AGACUCUUCUCUUUGCAUUCCAUUAGAAUAAACCUCGUGUGAACACAAUGAACAGAAUAUGUUUCUUUCCUUCAUAUUCCUUCACUCACUUAUUACCUGUUAAAAAUCCUAGCUUAGAUAACAUUACAUCCUUCACUUUCUUUCCCUUUCGCAUCUGUUUCCUUGAUAAAGACAUUUACAAAGUAGCUUCCACUUCUCGAUGGCCUCAAAACAACGCAAAAGGAAACAUUCUCGCAAGGAGCAAUCCAUUCGAGACAAGGCUCGCAUUCUCAUGUCUGAUACAACGUAUGCAGAACCUCUGCGCGAGUACACUAGUUUUCUAGACCACCUCAAAGGCAAUGGAUAUGCUCGAGACGAAUUCACACGAAUUCCGUUAAACCUCAUAGACCUCGCAGCUGCAAUUUUUACUUCCAUGAUUUCUGGCAGGGAACUUUCUUUAUUUGGUGGUCAAAUGUACCAAACUUCAGACACUGAUAAUCAACAAUACCAGGAAGACAAAGGGCUGUAUACAACUACUAUGGAUGAUGAAAGUGAUGCUUUUUACUUUAUUCAGCGUAUUCUAAAGCGGACACAAUUGUCAUGCACUACUUUGGUUCUGGCACUCAUUUAUAUUGAUCGUUUCAAAGCACGACUGGCACGAGUAAUGAAGCGCAGGACGAAACUUGAUCAAGGCCCUGAUUAUGACCACAGCUCCAAUUCAAAUACCUUUCCUGCUAUGAUAGAAAUCUCCCGAGAAGACAGAGAGGUCGUAAUGAGCAGUGUCACAUCUUCCUGCUCAUCCUCUACAGCAACUUCUCCAUCCUCCUCAACAUCUAUUUUAACGCCGCAGAGCAUUGGCAGCAGCAAUUCUACUGACGCAAGUGUAGGAACGAACAGUGGCAACGACAGUGGCAACAGUAAUAGUACGAAGCAAAAACAAGAGUCUUGGUCAAGUGUUUCGCUGUUUUUGGUCUCUGUCAUUUGCGCUGAUAAAUAUCUCUUUGAUGCAACAUUCUCCAACGCUGAAUGGGCCGACUUCUCCCGUGGCCGAUAUACUACAUCGGAAUUAAACACUCUGGAACGACGCUUUCUUGGACAUCUACAAUAUAAACUAUAUGUCAGCGAGCCAGAAUUUGAUGGUUUUCUCUCGUAUCUCGAAGUUAUUUUGGCACUAAAGCAAGUCUGGGGCCGUGGAUUGAUUACAUUUUCUUACAGCGAUGUCAGAAUUCUAACACAACGGCUUAUGCCGGCGUAUGCGGAUCGCCUUCAUUUCAAGGCUCUCCAGGGUGAUAUGAUAGCGAUUGUGUGGCAAGUUAUGGCGACUUUCUCGCGUGUAUAUCUGACUAUUGUUGGAGCAAUCCUUGUAGCCUGUGCUGGAUACACUGCUAUUAUGGAGCUCUCACGGCUAGCAAAGCUCAGUGCGUUGAGCCAUCCAUUGGAUUGGCCAUAUAAUCCUCUGCUGACAUUACCCUCUCUGGAUAUAGCGACCUUCCAUCAGCCACGGAGCUAUGCUGACGAGAGCUCAUUUGGCUCUACAUUAUCCUUAUCUAGUGAAACGGAAAGAUGUAGCCAUAACGAUAGGCGGUCAAAUGACGAUGACAUCCACCGCUCAGUGAUGGAUUGGUUUCUAUCGCAACCAGCUGCUGCCCAAUACAUUACCUGAUCUGCAACAAAUUGAUUUCACGUGGCAAUUGUUAGGUUAAUCAUAAAACAACAUAAACAAGAUAG